CUUGCUGUCAGGAAUUAGGAAAUAUUCCUCGGGAGAAAAUACACAGAUUAUUUUUCUAAGACUUCUUUCUCCAUCAAUAUCUUUCACGGCAGGCAGAUAAACAAGCCCCAGGAUGAGGAGCCUCCUUCAGUUUCUGGCACUGUGUGCAGCGGUCUCUCUUUGCGUCUGCUACGACUCUCAUGAAAGCACAGAAUCCAUCGAAGAUUUGUUUGUGCCUCCAAACCGUGCCAACUCAUUCUUCACGCCACAGAGGGGCCACAUACACAACCCACCCAGAGGGAACGGCUUCGGCUUCAACCAAUACAACUUAAUGAGGACGUUAAAGUCUCCAGCAGAGAGGCGUGCAGAGACCUGCGAGGACUACUCUCCCUGCCGCUUCUACGCCUAUCACCAUGGUUAUCAGCAGGCCUACCAGAGAUACUUUGGCUCCCAGACUCCUCAGACUCAACCCCAGAGACCAGCUGUGGCUCGUCGAUACUAAACUCAAAGUAUCAGCCUGUCGAACACAGAUUUAUCAUAGUCUUCAUCUAGAUAUGAACGCAUAUUUCUACGUUCCACAUGACACAACUUUUGUAUAAUU